AUUAUGUAAUGAAAACCUGGAGCAUUUCUCCACUUAGUAUAAAAGAUUUGUUUAUAUUGUGUUUUUUUGUUGCAUUUUGUUUGUUGAUUAGGGUUGUGUUCAUCUUCGAAGAAGCGAGUAUGUCCGCAGUUAUAGCUCGCAAAAUGGCUUCUAGAGGCAUUUCUUCUUUGAGUUUAAAUCACCUGUUGAUAAGAAGUAGGGUAUCUGCAUCCAGAUGUUACUCUUCUGCAGCAAAAGAGAUAACAGUGCGCGAUGCUUUAAAUUCCGCGCUUGAUGAAGAAAUGUCUGCGGAUCCUAAGGUCUUUUUGAUGGGUGAAGAGGUCGGAGAGUACCAGGGUGCAUACAAGAUUUCAAAAGGUCUUUUGGACAAAUAUGGUCCGGACAGGGUUCUGGAUACACCUAUUACGGAGGCUGGAUUUGCUGGGAUUGGUGUAGGUGCAGCUUACUAUGGUCUGAAGCCUAUUGUGGAAUUCAUGACAUUUAACUUUUCAAUGCAGGCAAUUGAUCAUAUCAUUAAUUCUGCUGCAAAGUCAAACUACAUGUCUGCUGGCCAGAUAUCUGUACCUAUUGUUUUCAGAGGCCCUAAUGGAGCUGCAGCUGGUGUUGGUGCCCAACAUUCCCAGUGCUAUGCAGCUUGGUAUGCUGCAUGCCCAGGAUUGAAGGUGCUGUCUCCGUACUCUUCUGAAGAUGCUCGUGGCCUUCUCAAAGCUGCUAUUAGGGACCCAGAUCCUGUUGUUUUCCUUGAAAAUGAAUUGCUAUAUGGUGAGUCCUUCCCUGUAUCAGCUGAAGCUCUUGAUUCUAGUUUCUGUCUUCCAAUUGGGAAAGCUAAAAUUGAGUGUGAUGGAAAGGAUGUGACAAUCACUGCUUUCUCAAAAAUGGUUGGUUAUGCUCUCAAGGCUGCUGAGAUUCUUGCAAAGGAAGGAAUCAGUGCUGAGAUUAUCAAUUUGCGCUCAAUCAGACCACUUGAUAGAUCUACAAUCAAUGCUUCUGUUAGGAAAACCAACAGACUGGUAACUGUGGAGGAAGCGUUUCCUCAACAUGGUGUUGGCGCUGAGAUCUGUGCAACUGUAGUUGAGGAAAGCUUUGAGUACCUUGAUGCACCAGUUGAGAGGAUAGCUGGGGCUGAUGUGCCUAUGCCUUAUGCAGCAAAUCUUGAAAGAAUGGCUGUUCCACAGGUUGAAGACAUUGUUCGUGCAGCAAAAAGGGCAUGCUACAGAUCAGUUGCUUAGGAUAUUUUGGCCCUGUUAACAUUUUCAUACGUUGUGGAUAUUGAUUCUUUGUCUACAUUGCGGCUUUCCUUUUGCUGCGUCUAGCUUGUUACUGAGCUAUCAAAAAUAAAUUUUGUUUGGUUUUUAACACGACAUAGAAGAUUGCAUGCU